GCCAGACCAUAACCACCACACAGCACUUUCUCGAACUUUAUCGUACAUGAGAAUUUCAUCCGCUUUGACUCUGCUCGUCGCUGGCGCCGGGCUUGCUAUAGAGCAAGUCAGCGCCAGCCCCAUUCGAGUAGUCGUCGUCAGUUCGCAUCAGGAGCUCUCCGCCUCCGGCCCAGGUAUUCUGCGCAUCGGCCAUGCCGCCACGAACGCCCACCCGGAAAUAGCACUCGCGCAGAUGGGCACUAAGCCGCAGCUGAUGGCCACGACCGAGUGGAAAGAGAGGCACGCCAGGCCCCAGCGCCUGUGCGGCAAGCUGAGGGAGAAGGCGCUGGCGAUGUCCAACGGGAUCCGCAAGAUGCUCGGGAUGCCGCUCGUCGAGGGCCGGCCCUUCCAUCACGCCCACCACAUGGGAACCGCGAAGGAUGGCGGGAAUAAUACCUUCAAGGUGAUGGGGUGGGUGGAGAAGGAGCCUACCCUCAAGCCGGUCGAGGCCGUUGAGGAGGAGCAGGCGCCCGGCCCCCAGCCCGAGGAGCCCAAAGGAAGGAUCGUGUUCCCUGGACACCGCGUCAUGAGGUGCCGCAGCUCGUCCUUCUUGAAGAGGAUCCACCGCGCGCUCAUGAGCCUCGGGCCCUGGGAGGGCCGCGCCGUCGCCUUUGUUCUCGGUUGUGGUAUCGGUGUUAUCUUCCGCAUGAUUUGGGUGAUGACCCUCGUCACCUAUCGCCUGAUCAAAGGGCGGAGGGAGCCCGAGGAGUACGAGUACGAGAUCGUUUACGAGCAGGAUGCCGAGGACCUCCUCGUCCCGCCGCCCCAGUACACCGACGAGAAGGUUGAGGCUGUGGAUGCUAAGACCGCUCCCUCUCCUGCCCCGGCCACCCAAGCCUAAGCCCGUCGCUCCUUUCGAAUGCCAGUUUCUUUUCCUGUGAUUAUCCAGAAGCUAUGGAAUAAACGCUGUUGCGUCUCCUUGAUCAUACUCCCUUCAGAUACGGAAUGGACUAUCUAUCUACCCUGUUGUAAUACUUGUGAACAUGAUUCGUUUCAGGCCCUAGGGUGGCCCUCUUAUCUCUACCUCGGGUCGGGUAUCUCGCGUGUGAGGG